GAGGAAAAGAAAUUUAGGGCAGAUGGCGGUCAUCACGUUUGUUUUGUAAGCGAUGAAAAUAGAGCCGUCGCUCCAUCGUUUUUUGAGCAUGGGAUGGCCGUAAUCAGUCUCCCCGAACUGCCUAAUCACUACAAAGAAAUGUUAUCGCAUGGAUCAGCCGACGAAUUGCGAUCUCUUGGACUUGGAGUCGGGGCUGCUCUUCACGAGAUUGGCCAUUUGGCCAGGGCCCCUCCGUGUUUCUUUGAUAACUUCUCCACUUGCUUAUUUGCCCAUGGACCAUUCUUCAACAGUUCGGAUAUUCCAGCCCGGCCUUUAUCAGUUCAUUACAGAACGACAGAAGAAGCUGUACAUAUUAAAUGUAUUCAUGGAAUACUGCUCGUCGUCAUUGUCAAAGGGACGACGUAUCACGAUCUCAAAGUAUAUGACGAUCUCCCAACCACUGUAACCCUUCAAAUAAAAGAAGAACUCUGGGAUCUCAUU